CGCAAUAUAAAAUAUUUACCCUGUUUAAUUAAAGAAGGCGUUAUAUAAAGCAUCUGCUACUUUUUGUUUGCUCAAUAUCCGUAACCCUAGGACCUUUUUGCGCCGGUUUUUCCGGUUUUAUUAUGGAGAGAAGUGUGCGUGUAGGUCGCCGUUGAUCCCACUAGCCGCAUUCAGACUGACCAAAGCACUUACCCCAAGUCCAAAUGUAUGAAAUAUCUAGAGGCUGGUGGCGGUAGGUCUCCUGUAGCUGUUGUUGCUGGGAAUUUCAACAGUCAAUUUCGGCUCCCUGCCGGCCUCAGCGGCAAACUCAAGCAACUGGCAGUCUUCGUCAGCUACGCCGCUAGCAAACUGGGAAACCACAAAAUCAAGCGUCGUGCCAGAUUCCCCGAGUACCACCAUUGGUGCGUGCCAUGUUCCGGCGGCAUACGUUACGGCUUGGUUGGCCUGUGCAACAAAUGCUUUCAGGUUGGCCAGAUCAGGCAGCCCGCGUCCAGGCAAGCCAGGGCCACUAGGUACGACAAAGUGGCUGUCCUGUGGUGAAGCAGGCAGAGUUGGUGCCACUAUAACAAGGUACGUUGAUGCCAUAGAGCUGAUCGGAGAAAAGGUCUGUGUAGUGUAUGGGUGUCGCUCUAGAUACUUGACAGUAAACUCAGUACGGCGGGACGUCUGGUUCAGCGGAAGCUGUCGGGCCGCACAGACAAAGACACUCAUUAUCGGGCUCCCUGAGCCGCUAGGUGCCUGUUCAUACAGGCUUUGGAUGCGUGCCGCAUUUCGAUAUUGGAUAGCAAAGCCUUGGUUGGCAGUGAAGGCAUUGGGCGGCAGCUCGGACGCAUGCUGAUCAAACUCGCCCGGGUGGAUAUUUGGUCUUGGAUUCUGCGUGACAUCUCCAAAUUGUGCGUAGGAUUCUUGGGUGAGAGGCUGCGCGGUCACUCUAACCUCAACGUCGCCUGCUUGGAUAGUGGUGGCCAUUUCGGAGCGAGGUUGUGUGUGCGGAGGGGUAUAAGAAGUAGCAGGUUGCAAGUGUCGUUGAACAAAUAAAGUAGCGGGUGUUUGUCGUUACAUCAUCAUCCUUUUAAAUCAUUCCAGAAGCCAGUCGGUUCUAUUCGCUGCGUGAAUUAAAAACAAUGCCGUCUCAUGUCGUUGGGAAAGCUUGAGUUGCGCACCGCACAAGGCGUCGGAGGACGCCGUACCGUGUUUAGCAGGGCCGAUGACGGGGUGCUGUCCGGGGCCUGCCGACAAUGCAGUGGCCGGCGCUGGUGGGAUUCCGAGCGGGCGGCGGUUGUUGGGGAUCCCCGCGGAUUAUAAACGCCAUGGAAAAUGCACCAAAAAUAAAAUGCACGCACUUGGGAUGACACAAUCUCAGCCGGAUCAUCUUCUUCUCCUUCUUGCCCACCGUGAUUGUGGUGUGCCGGUUCCCAUCUAUGGCGCGCUGUAGUGGCCGCCCUGCCACGCAACAACCUGCAUCUUGAGGCUCAGUUCGUUAGCUAAUCGCUGCAUAGGAUUCAGCACGCGACCUUGCGUGGCGCCCUCUGCCGCACAACAAUUGGCCCAACUUGCACGUUUAGCGGCAACAAGUUCCCGUUCUGUGUCCGUCCUCACUGCGGCCGCCCACUAAAAUGUGUGCUUCCAGCAGGCCUCUCAUCCGCCAGUGGGGCAAUGAUUAGCGGUCGGUGGCACUGUUCCAACACCUUCGUUGUAGCGCCGGCGGCGGCACCGGCAAUUUUUGCAGUCUAGCGUGCUCGACGCCAUUCUUUGCUCAUUCACAAACCAAUACACCGAUUUUCUGGUCCCGAACGGUGAUUGAAAUGCUCACCUUGGAAUCGAUAUUGUAAUAUCUUUACUUUGUGCACCUUUUGCAUCUUAUUCAUGGCCCUCACGUGCCCUCUGUCACCACCAAACCACCACUCUAUAAUAGCACCGAUAGAUUUUCAACGGCCCGCGACGAUUACCCGGUUGUUUCAUACGACAACGCCAUGGUUGCUGGUAGACGGCGUAGCUCCAGCGAGAGCUUUAUACAAACUGAACAUGAUGAUAUAUUGCCAGGACGCCAUUCCGAUGUUGGGCAGCCCAUGUCGCCGCUCAGCGCUGCACCACCACCAGACACCAAGAAGGAUGUCAGUUGGAAAGACUUGCCCCGCAAAGACCAGCUUGUGAUUCUCAUCAUGGCCCGUCUGAGCGAACCGCUAGUCCAGACAUCAUUACAGGCAUACAUGUUCUACCAGCUUAAAUGGUUCAACCCCGAUAACUCCGACUCUACAAUUUCCACACAGGCCGGUAUACUACAUGCAAGCUUCAUGGCAGCGCAGUUCACCACCUCCAUGAUGUGGGGACGCAUUGCAGACUCCAGCCGUUUUGGUCGUAAGAUGGUCCUCUUCACCGGCUUGGUUGGCACGGCGCUCUCAUGUGUUGGGUUUGCCUUUGCGACUAGCUUCUGGCAAGCAUUACUCUUUCGAAUCCUCGGUGGCAUCACCAACGGAAACGUGGGCAUUAUCCGAACGAUGGUCAGCGAGACAAUUCGAGAAAAGCGAUUCCAGUCUAGAGCAUUCCUGUUGAUCCCCAUGACAGCUAACGUGGGCAUCACCAUUGGCCCGAUCCUGGGCGGCCUGCUUUCCGAUCUAGCUUCAAGCUAUCCAUCGACCUUUGGCUCCAUUGGCUUCUUCAAGGCCUUCCCAUAUGCCGCCCCGAAUCUCUUCAGCGCCGGAUUUCUCUUUUUCGCUGCUUGUGCCGUUUGGCUAGGCCUCGAGGAAACGCUAGACAGCCGACAAGGCCUACCGGAUCGCGGUAUACAAGUUGGCAAGCGGCUAGCCAAAUUUGUUCGAAGAGUCACAAAGAGAGGUCACCACGCCGAUAUUGAAUACGCUCCCCUUGCCUCUCACGAUGUUGAGCUCGUUGACGAGAAUACCGCGCCGAAGAAACCCGCAAAACGAUAUACGCAGAAACUUCCGUUUCGUCGCGUAUUCACACGCAACUUCAUCAUCACAUUACUUGUCCACUUUUUGGUGACGUUCCACUUGGGCACCUUCAACUCGCUGUGGUUUGUCUUCCUUUCGACGCCAGUACACGAUCCCGCCAAAUCCAACCUCACCACACGUCUUCCUUUCCAAUUCACCGGCGGUCUAGGAAUGCAGCCGCAAGAGGUUGGCUUCGCCAUGGCUGUCAUUGGGUUUCUGGGCAUCAUCAUGCAGGUGUUCCUAUACCCAGGCGUCGCGGCACGCUAUAACAUUGUUAGUUUGUGGCGAUGGGCGAUGCCUCUGUAUCCAGUCGUCUACUUCCUCGUCCCGUAUCUCUCCAUCGUUCCCGGCGACCAAGCGCCUCCUACAGCUAAGACUGGACUCCUUAUAUGGAUGACACUCGCAACAGUGCUUACUAUACACGUAGUAGCCCGCACAUUUUCUAUCCCAAGUCACAUUCUUAUUGUCAACAACAGCUCUCCUCAUCCUAGCGUUUUGGCCACAGUUCAUGGUAUCGCCCAGACUGUAGGCAGUGCCUCCCGCACUCUUGGGCCCAUGGUUGGCGGUGUGGUGUAUGGCUACGGUUUAAACGAGGGCAUUGUCGGGCUUGUCUUUUGGAUAUUAAGCAUUGUUGCUGUAGUAACGUUUAUUGCCAGCCUCUUCGUCAAAGAAGGAAACGGCCAUGAGAUUGUGCUUGAGGGAGAUGACAUCCAGGAGUAGACAUUGUACCAAACAACGCCAGCACGAAACUCAACGACUAUAAUGACUUCAUGAAUUCAGCAUAAAUAUACCAUAGUAUCAAUACAUCUUCUGCUUGAAUAGAAACGCAACUGUUUAUAGGAUGGUAUUGUUAAAAAGAAAUGCAGCAACGUGAGCAACUGAACCAUGUCAACGCCAACCUAACCCAAAGCUUACAGAAAAGAAGGUAAGCCAAAAACAUCGAAACCCGAAUUAAAAUAGAUAUAUCGUGUGUCCUUUAGUUCAUACAAUCCGCCCCUUAUUGAGCAGCCUUUGGUGUUGCUACCGCGCCCAGCUCAGGCUCGUCAACGUAUGUAUGGCCGGCAUUGCCUUUAGCGCUCUUCCAGGGAGACACAGUCUGGAGAUCAAUGCCUUGUUGGUGGCCUUCCCGGUCGCCCUGUUGGUUUAUGUCACUAUACUCGGCCGCCUGGGCUGAACCAAAAAGAGCAGCAUCGCGGCGUUUCUUAGCAGCACGCUGGAGCCAAAAUAGGUAAAAGAGGCAUCCAAAGAGAAUCAAGAUGAUGACGCCGGCAAUAAUCAUGCCUGU